AUGAUGAUACCAGACUGCUGCCGUAGGCUCGAAGCAGCAUACACAGAUCUUGCACAAAUCCUAGACAAUGAAAAAGAAUUGGAAGAGACAGAAGAAUACAAAGAUGCCCGUGCCAUGCUGGACUCUGUGAAGUUAGAAGCAUGA